GGUCAUUGUACAAGAGCCUUGGAUGAGCCUAUACUUAUCUGGUCCUUUGCCACAGUUUCUUGAACCAAAUUAUUAACUUUUCCUUUUAAGCAAGCAUCCGUGCCUACAGGAAAAAUACUACAUGAAAUCCCAUGCAGCUGAUUAUCCACCCCCGUGGAUCUAAUUGUGCCAUUCGGUGGUUUAUUCAGUAGGACUGGAAAACAACAACCACCUCUUUUUAGUCACACUAAUGACUUUAGCAUGACCACAGCAUGCUUGACUUGUUGGCUAGUUUUGAGUUUCAGCCUAAAAUUGCACAAAUAAUCUCUCUUUCUAAAGUGGAAAAGUUGUCAUAAUACAGGGCGGGUUUACUUCGAGGAACACUUACUUCACCGUUAUCUUGCUUGUGAUUGUAGUAAUUUGUUCGCUCCCCUUCAGUCCUUGUCUGCUGACUGAUUUUUUUUUUUAAACUUCAACUGUCUGUCAUCGCGGAAAAAACAUCAUGGCAGAAUGCGUUCUAUCCAGAGCCACGGGAAUGGAAGGAGGAAUUGUGAUUAAAGAUGAUUGGCCCGGUUACAGUUUAGAGCUCUUCACUUAUCCAGAGCAUUACCGCGAAGAUAUAGAGAGUGUCUACAUUCCACAUGGGGUUAUCAUGGACAGGACAGAGCGCCUGGCCCGACACAUCAUGGAUGACAUUGGGGAUCAUGACAUGGUGGUGCUGUGUGUACUGAAGGGAGGGUACAAGUUCUGUUCCGAUCUGGUGGAGUUCAUUAAGGUACAAUGCCGCAACUCCAACAAGCACCUGGAGACCAGAGUGGAGUUUAUUAGGCUUAAGAGCUACCUGAAUGACCAAUCAACAGAGGACCUGCACAUAGUAGGAAGUCAAGAUCUAUCUGUUCUACGAGGCAAGAAUGUCUUGAUUGUAGAGGCUAUAGUCGACACAGGAAAGACAAUGAAGGCGCUUCUGAAGCAUGUGGAGGCCUUUGAACCCAAGAUGGUAAAGGUCGCCGGUCUGCUGGUGAAAAGGGUCUCUAAUGUGGUUGGAAGCCUUCCAGACUAUGUGGGGUUUGAAAUUCCCAACCGUUUUGUUGUGGGCUAUGCUUUGGACUACAACGAGUAUUUCCGUGACCUGAAUCAUAUCUGUGUCAUAAGUGAGAUUGGAAAGGUGAAGUACAAGAUUUGAAGAGAAGUCAACACAUACAUGGGUUGUUCAGAGUUGCAGUUUUCAACUUGUGGCUGCAAGUGCCUUCCCUUCUCAUAUCUUCUUCCGUGUUCUGUUGAGGAUUAUUGUUAGUUUAUUAAUUUCAUAAGAAGAAACACACCUUGCAUGUGCUUUAUGCAAAAACAAAUAUGAGAUCUGUGUUAUUCAUGCUACAUACAACCUUGAUUGCCACAUUUUAAGAGUUUUUUUUUUUACAUAUGCUAUUGUUUUUGUAAACAUCAUAUUACAUUGUUGACAGAAUAUGCUUUUUUUGUCCCCAAUGAUCUAAUAUGUGCCAAGCACAAAGAAAUAAACUAUGCAAUUUUAAAU